AUGUUUCUUUUUCUUCUUCCUGUGGCAUGUAUAUGACGGCUUUGGGAGCUGAUUUGCCUUGAAAUCAAAUAAGACCAAAUCAUAAGGUUUGUUUUGUCGUAUCCACAAACCCUAAAUUUGCAGAGGUGCGUAAAAAAGUGGUGUCUGGACUUGGUCAAGUCCUGUGUGUUGUGGGAGCGUUGUGCUAACCAACUCUGUUCUUCAGUUUAGCCAUGUCUUUCCUCCAGAUCAGCGCGUUGACUCACCAGCAAAAGGUGAAGAGCGUCUACAAGCGUGCGCUCCGUCUUCUAGAGAUGUACCUUCACCACAGACACCACUUCCGAUACAACGCCGUGCUGCUGCGGGCCGAGUUCGAUAAGCAUGCCAAAGAGAAGGACAUGGUGAAGGUGAAGAAGCUGCUGGAGGAUGCCGAGUAUCAGCUGUGGAGCAACCAGCACUACCAACCCAAACAAUUUCCCGACUCGCCGGGCGGCGUGGCGCACGAGCGCGAGGUGGUACCCCCCGACUGGGUGCUGGACGGCUGGCACCCGCUCGAGAAGGCCAUGUACCCCGAGUACUUCGCGCGCCGCGAGGAGCGCAAGAAGGAGUACGUCAAGUGGUGGGAACAGCAGUACGGGGGCCCCGACGCCGCCAAGGAUAAGCUGCAUUGAGCCGCCAGUGGCGCCGCCCAGCGGGUUACAUCGGAAGCUGCCGCGAUGCGCGGCCCACACCAUUAGAGCAAUGCGUGAAAUGCGGAGAAGUGCUCGGUCCCAGUAUGAGAUGAACAGACGGGUGUUUGGACGCUCCGUGACGCGGUGCUAGAGCACUGCUGUGGUGCAAGUAAGGUGUGGAUGCCUGCAUGCUCUUCAUGCCCAAUGCAUUGGAACUUCGAAGGCCUCAACCCUUGCCAAUGGCCACCUAGGGUUUUAAGGAAUGGUAAGCCACUCGACGAAUGACAGGUGAUUGUGUGACGUUCUGAAAUCAUGUAUUGGGCCGCUGUCUCUGUACAUAUUAAUAUAUGAACAGCAUGAUGCCACA